AUGACAAUGACAAUGGCAAUGUCAAUAUCCACACAACUAGGAGCAAGGACUCCACCACGAUGCUAUCUAAAGGAUCAAUCCAAAACAUUCCUUAAUCUCCAAAAGACACACUCAAUUCCACCGGAGAAAAAAGAAGUAUUCAAAUCACUUGAAAACUGGGCAGUGCAAAGCCUUUUGCCACUGAUCAAACCUGUGGAGGAAAGCUGGCAACCCCAUGACUUGUUGCCAGACUCGUCGCUACCCGCGGACGAGUUCAUCGAUCAAGUGAAAGCCCUGAAAGAUCGAACGGCCGAGCUUCCAGACGAUUAUCUUGUGGUUUUGGUCGGUGGCAUGAUCACUGAGGAAGCAUUGCCUACGUACCAAACAUGGGUGAACGGGUUGGAUGGAAUUAGGGACGAGACUGGUUCGAGUUUGACACCAUGGGCUAUAUGGACAAGAUCUUGGACUGCCGAAGAAAAUAGACAUGGAGAUUUACUCAAAACCUAUCUCUAUCUUUCCGGUCGCGUUGAUAUGCGCAUGAUUGAGAAGACGAUACAUUACCUGAUUGGAACUGGCGUGGACGUGGGAACCGAAAACAACGCGUACAUGGGCUUUGUGUACACAUCAUUUCAAGAGCGAGCCACAUUUGUGACGCACGGCAACAUAGCUCGAAUGGCUAAAGAAAGAGGUGAUUUGGUCCUAGCACAAAUAUGCGGUACCAUUGCUGCGGACGAGAAGCGUCACGAGAAUGCAUACAUAAGGAUCGUCGAGAAGCUUCUAGAAGUGGACUCAUCAGAAACCAUGAUUGCUAUAGCAAAUAUGAUGCGCCGCAAGAUUACAAUGCCUGCACACUUGAUGCACGACGGACAAGACCCGCGACUCUUCGAUCAUUAUUCUGCGGUGGCGCAACGUAUUGGCGUGUACUCGACGGAUGAUUAUGCUGAUAUCUUGGAGUUUUUAAUUGGAAGGUGGAAACUGGAGAAGCUUGAGGGGUUGACAAGUGAGGGACAACGUGCACAAGAGUUUGUGUGUAAACUUGCACCGAGAAUUAGAAGAUUGCAGGAACGUCUUGAUUUGCGAGCAAGGAAGAUCAACCACAAAUUCACUUGGAUCUUCAAUAAAGAGGUGUCAUUGUGA